CCCCAGCAUUGCAGAGUAACUACAAAAUGAGGUGGACAUCCCAGAGUAAAGUAGAGAAGAGAAUCUUCAGUUCCAGGCACUCUGUCUACUUGUCCACAAAACAUUGCAGAAAUCUGGUGAUGGAGGGAGAGGCAGCAGAGAUGGAGCCCCUGCGAAAUGAACAGUGCCCGGUGGAAACUGAGAAGCCAAAACUCAGCCAGGUGACACUUGAGAAGGACAAGAAGUUCUUCCAGAAGACUUGGAAUGAGGAAAUAGCAGAUUUAUUCAUCAACAAGAAGUUCAGGACAAGUGAAAACAAGAGAUUAAAGCCAGAUGAAAAAAAGCCGUUAAAGCCAGUGCCUAUUGGAAAUGGAACAAAUGUUAUCCAAGUAGAAAAGGAACCUCGUUUGUACAGUAUUUGGGAUAUUAGCCAGAAGUUCCUUUUCCUGGUGAACAACAUUAUAAUAGCAAACCCUCGAAAUUCCAAUGCACCAGAGCUGUUCAUGGAAGUGUUCCCUAACACUGCCCUUGAUCCCCAAAUGCAGCCCAUCUUCAUGGCUCCCAAUGGGAGAAAAUACAGCCUGUCCUGCAUGAAGUCUGGUGCGGGUCAACCUCAACUACAGCUGACGGAAGCUGACAUCAAGACGCUCUAUCAAAAGAAUCAGAAAGCGUUGAGUUUCACUUUCUACAGCAAGACUGAUGGGAGCCCCGGAACUUGCUCUUUUGAGUCUGCGGCAUUCCCGGGUUGGUUCCUCAGCACUUCUUCCCAGGCAAAUAAGCCGAUGGGGCUGAGUCGCCGAGGCGGUGCUCAGAACACACUGUUUUAUUUUCAAAGACACAAAAGCGGGGUUUUAUUAAUGUAGAACCAUUGCGGCCACUGUUGUCUUAAAUGAAAAGUAGAAAAAAAGAAGUUGUAGUCUGUAUGUUUGGGAAGUAGGGUGGGACAAAAUCUGUUGUAAAUGAAUGUGCAGGAAUUCCAGGGAUAGUGGAAGAAGUUUUAUUGCUACUCUGGGGAAAAUGGAAAAGGAACUGGGGAAAAAUGAUAGCCAAGGCAAAGGGCAACAGAAAAUAUGACAAAUUGAACCAGAUCAUCCUUAUGAUCCAACAAACGAUAAAGAAAAUGUAUAACUGUUCCUGGAGGGAGGGGUGAAUGGGAGAGGGGGAAACAAUGGAAAAGGGAUGGAUACAAGUAGGGAACAAGGGCGAAUACAUACGAAUUUUUAAAAUCUCUUUUUGUUAAAUUGUUAAAAUAUAUAGACUGUAUAAGUCGCCUGUGUUACCUUCUAAAUUUUCUCAUGAGGAAAAGUGCUAAUGUUAUACUGUACUUGUUUGACCCAAAUAAAAUAAAUAAACAAAAAAGAAAAGAAAAUGGCAAAAAUCAA